AUGGCGGAAGGUCUUGCUGUUGUCGGAAUGGGUUGCAGGUUGCCUGGUGAGUCCAACUCGCCAGAACAGUUUUGGGACACAUUGAUGGCCCGUAAAGACUGUAUCGUGGACGUUCCUUGCACACGUUGGUCCCUCGAUGAAUGCUACGAUCCAGACCCUGAUGCUCGCGGCAAGUGCUAUGUGCGUCGAGGUGGAUUCAUGACAGGAGUACACGAGUUCGAUGCCAGCUACUUUGGCAUCGGAAGCGUUGAAGCAAAAUCCAUGGACCCACAACAGCGUGUGAUGAUGACCUGCGCAGCCGAGGCCUUGGCUGAUGCAGGCUACAGCAAACCCGAGUUGGUCGGCCGUAACGUUGGUGUGUUGAUCGGAAACUGUAACUCCGACUGGACCUCAUUGUAUGGCAACGAUGAUAUUAUGGUCUUUUCGGGAACAUCUGGCGCCAGUUCAGUGAUCAGCAACCGUAUCUCGUACUGCUUCGGUCUCGCGGGCACUUCACUCACAGUUGACACGGCCUGUUCCUCCACGCUCUUUGCGUUUGAUUUGGCGUUCAAGAAGCUGGUUCUUGGAGAAAUAGACGUGGCUCUUGUAGGUGGAGUUAACAUUAUGCUCUCUCCGCAGCUCUUCAUCGCGUUUUCCAAGGCACGCAUGCUUUCCAAGGACGGUAAGUGUAAGACCUUCGACGACUCCGCUGAUGGGUAUGUCCGCGGCGAAGGAGCGGCUGCCUUUGUGCUUAAGCCGUUCCAAGCGGCGACUACGUCUCAGGAUGCAAUUUACGCACUCAUUCGUGGAACCAGUACUAACCAUGUCGGCAAAUCGGCCUCUCUUACAGCACCCAAUGGCCCUGCGCAGGCCCAGAGCUACCGGGAUGCACUUGCCUGCGGUAACCUGCAGCCCCAAGACGUCACGUUCAUCGAGGCGCACGGCACUGGCACUGCCCUCGGAGAUCCUAUCGAAAUGAACGCACUGAAAUCCGUAUAUGGCCGACGACCCGACCAUAUCAUCGUUGGAGCCAGCAAGACCAACAUUGGACAUCUCGAAGGCUCUAGUGGCGCUGCCGGCGUACUUAAGGGGAUUCUUUGCCUCACUCACCAACACAUUCCACCCAAUCUACACUUCAGCAAGCUGAAUAAAUAUAUCGAGCUAGAUGACUUCCCUCUACUCCUGCCCUCCGACGACAUGCCCUACCCGCCAGCCACUACCUCCAACAAACGCAUGUGUGGUAUUUCAUCAUUCGGGUUCGGUGGCGCCAAUGCUCACGUCAUCCUGGAAGAAUGCCCCCCACACCUACUCAAGGACCGCAACCCUACCAGUAUCACAGCUAGACCGAAGGUCCUCUUCAUGUUCACCGGUCAAGGCUCCCAACACGUCAACAUGGGCCGAGCACUGUACGACGAAAAGAGCGAGUUCACCCGCACAUUCGAUCUCUGUGCCACUAAACUACUCACACUCAUCGGCGUCGACAUCCGUGCCAUCAUCUACCCAGAUCUCUGGCCUCAUAGUCACCCUGCUGGCGACCAUGCUGACGACUCCGACCCCGACGAUGCUACCGAAGGUCCUAGUGCAGGUCCUGAGGACGUGAACAACACGCGCUACGCUCAGCCGCUGUUGUUCGCCUUCGAGGUAUCCUUGGCCGCCUACUUUGAGAAGCUCGGCGUGGUUCCGGACAUGGUUUUGGGACAUUCAUUAGGUGAGUACGUGGGGGCGGUCGUAAGCAAGGUGAUGACGCUGGAAGAGGGCUUGACGCUAGUGGCGGCGCGGGCGAAAAUUAUGUCGGACACUCCGAAUGACUGUGGAGUCAUGCACGCCUGCCGCGCUGAUGUGGCUGAAGCACUCCGUUGCAUUGAACAAAUGAAGAAAGAUCGCACUAGCACCGAACCGGAAGUGCAGGUUGCGGUGGCGGCAAUAAAUGGGCCUAAGUCGUCGUCCUUUCCGGCGUUGGGCAUGGAGGGUCGUGGCAAACAGUUGGACGUGUCGCACGCAUUCCACUCUCCCCUGAUGACCCAGACGAUCGAGCCGUUCACCAAGGCUGUGGACCAGGUGGCCUUGGCUGACCCCAUGCCACAAACCGCCUUCAUCUCAACCGUGACGGGAGAGCGUGAGACUACCAAGCUGCUCGAAACCAAUUAUUGGACCCAGCACAUCACCAAACCCGUCCGCUUCCAUGACGCAAUCCGAUAUGCCGUGGACCAUGAGGGGGCUACCCUCCUCGUCGAACUCGGCCCUAAAGCCGUCCUUUGCGGCAUGGCAAGGCCUUGUCUCGCUAACUCACGACUUGAAACUCAACUUGUGUGGUGUCUCCAAGAAGUCGACGGACAACCUGCCCUCCACCGCAUACCCCAGAUGUUGGGCGUCGGAUCCGACUCUAAGAUUGCCUGGCAGAUGCGCCCCUACCACUGGAAGACCUGUUAUCACCCCGUCGUCGCCUACCAGAAGGUCGACCCCAAGACUGGCGAGACGCUCACACGCUGCUAUAUGCGCGACGAACUACGCCGCUACAUGCAACAUCACGCCGUACGCGGAGUACCCAUGAUCCCCGGUGUCGGCUUGGUCGAGCUCAUGGUAUCCGCCGCAGGCCUUAAGGCUCAUGGCGUCCACAACACACCCGGCACUGUUCAGACUGUAGACAACGUGCUCUUCGAAAAACCCUUCGUCGUUGAAGACUGGUCGGAGGAAAGCAAUAAGCAAGACGCAAAUCGUAAUGAAGCGGGUGCGCGCAUCCCCACCAUGCUGCUCAAAAUCGACACUCGUGGCAACCUCCUUGUUCAAAGCACCUUCACUGACGCAGAGGAAGAUGUCGAAGACCACUGCACAGCACGCAUCGGCGUCGAACUCAAACAAGAAGAGCUCGAUCAACUUGUCACCUGGCCGGAAGACUGGGCCGGCCCCUUCCCUUCAGACGCCGCCAAAACCGGAUACCUCGAAACCGCGCGCCUCUACGACGUCCUCGAUGACUUCGGCCUCAACUACGGAGAACGCUUCCGCACACUCCAGAGCGCCAAGGUCAAGCCGGACACACUGGACGAAGCCGUGGGCGUGCUCAAGACAAAGGCCUACGAGCUCUGGGACGCCAUGUUCCGUGUCUCACCCGCCCUUCUGGACGGCGCACUCCACCUAACCGCCGUCCUUGUCGCCCAGCAAAACGAACACAACGCCAAGGCCAUGAUCCCCUUCGCCAUCCAGAGAGUCUUCCUCUCCACCGCUGGCCCUACGGACCCACUCUACGCACAUCUUAAGAUCACUUCUCGCGAGGCCGAUCAGGUCACUGUCGAUGUGACGCUCUUCACUGAGGCCCGACGUUGUGUGUGUCUCCUGCAAAAGGUCACUCUCAAACAGAUCAGCAUCGAGAAACGCAUCGAGGUGCCUCGAGAUCUCCUCUACCGCACGACCUGGGACCUCCGCAACUUCCCCGAGCUUCAACGAACCGAGGAACAGGAAUUCGCCGUCCGCAUCGCACUGGUCACCAAACAACGCGCUCUCGCUGAGCACUCAUCGCCGAACAACGCGCUCUUCGAACACGAGGCGGAGGUUGUGGACGACAAGCUGAUCAACUCUGCUGUCUUCCACAUCGACCCCGUCAUCGAAGCGGGCGCGGACGUCGAUGCCGUGUCGCCCAAGACCCGUGAUGACGCCGUCGCUGCGAUCGAAGAUGUGGAGCUGGAACGGGAGAAACGCACCAUCGAGUAUGCCCUGGACCUGGCACAGCGCAUGAGCAACGCUGACAAGACAAACAGCUACAAGUUGCCCUUCCACUACUUCCUCACCAACCAGACGCAGGCCGUGAUGCCGAACCAGGACCUGAAGCAGAAGCCGGUCAACGCGUCACUUUGGGGUUUCUGGCGUUCGGCUAACCUGGAGCUGCUGCUAACGGGGAGCAAGUACAAGUUGUGCAUGGUAGAUGUGCACUCCACCGACGCUCUCGUCGAGUCCAUGAUGUUCAUUAUCCGCCGAGGAUUGGACGAACUACAGGUCGCCCUACGGAAACAGCCAGUCAAGAUCCGCGAAGAGGACUUGAUCAACGCCGGUGACAUGUCCCCUGUGAUGUCUCCUCACUCUAUCGGCUCUGGCUUCUCGCCGCGGAUGUCCCCCCCGCUGGGUUCCCCCACGGGCGCGAACGGGACGAGACCGAACACGGCCGCUGCCUCCGGGGCCCAGUCGCCAAUGGCCGUGGGCUCCCCAGGCGCAAUCAACUCCCCAGGCGCUAUGUCCAACCAAAGCGGCGGAUUCAAUUUGGUCGGGGAGCCGAACUUUGUGUUGGGUGAAAGUGAUGGGGCGCUGGAAAUGGUCUCCUAUGUCGCGCGCAUCAACCGCGUCAACCACAACGUCACUGGCUCCGUCGAGCUCCACAUGAGUUCCCGUGGCGCUAUCAGCAACCUCAGCCUGCGUCCGCAGGCCGAACGCGCUACCUGCCCGCCAGCCGGCUAUGUCGAGUGCCGCGUCCACGGUGUUGGCCUCAACUUCCGCGACGUCCUAAAUGUAAUGGGCCUCUACCCCGGUGACCCCGGCCCCCCGGGCGGCGACUUCGCUGGCAUCGUCAGCGCUGUUUCACCUGGGGUCGAGAACCUCCGAGUCGGAGACCGAGUUUUCGGUAUUGCGCCCGGCUGCCUGAAGACGUACGCCGUCACGGACCAGCAUCUGAUCAGCAAAAUGUCCCCCAGACUAAGUUUCGAGUCUGCGGCUGCCCUACCCGUGAUUGCGUCCACCGUCGAAUAUGCGCUCGAAGAUUGCGCACACGUGUGCGAAGGACAAAAAGUAAUCAUUCACGCCAUUACUGGCGGCGUAGGGCUCUCUGCCAUACAGCAUUGCCUGCGUAAGGGUGCUGUUCCCGUCGGCACAUGUUCUGAGCCGAAGAGAGCGGCGGCGAUUAAGCAUGGGGCGCGAUUUGUUUCGUCUUCGCGAGAUCCGGCCGCGUUCUUGAAGGAAACGGAGCAGUACCUCGGCAGCGGCGGAAAGGUUGACGUGGUUCUGAACUCGUUGAUUGGGGACUUCAUUCCGAACUCGCUGAAGCUCUUGAAGACUGGCGGUGUGUUUUUGGAGCUGGGCAAGCGCGACAUUUACAGCAAGGAGCAGAUGCUGGCUGAGCGCCCGGACGUGGAGUACCACACGAUCGCGAUCGACUGCAUGAUGGAGGAGGACCGCGUGUGGUUCAACUCGAUGUUGAAUCGCAUAACAGACCUUGUGGACGAAGGCAGUAUCAAGCCGCUUCCACUGCACGUGUUCCCGAUGACUCACAGCUCUCACGGUGGCUUGGCGGCGUUCCGGUUUAUGCAGCGAGCGAAGCAUAUCGGUAAGGUGGUGAUUUCGAUCCCUAGUUGUUCCACGCCUCCGCUUUCGAACGAGGAGAUCGUGUGCCGCGCGGAUAACGGCUAUGACCCACUUAGUCUGUCAACGGCCGUGGAGCGGAGUCAAGUGCGGCCAGGCAGCAGCAUGAAGGGUGGUGUACGUCGCCGCAGUUUGACAAAGACAAAUGUCAAGCGGCCGGGCGCGUAUGUUAUUACAGGCGGUACCGGAGCCUUGGGUCUAUUAGUAGCCAAUUAUUUGGUGACGGAGGGCGCGGAACGCAUUGUCUUGCUCUCACGUUCUGGUUUGACUGACAAGUUGCGGGAGAACGCUGAGUUUGCGAAGCUGCAGGAAACCUCAGUCUGCGUAGAUGUGAUGGGGUGCGACGUGAGCAAUUAUGACUCGGUCUUGGGAACUCUGGAAGUUAUUAUGAGGACGCACGAAGUACAUGGACUCUUCCACCUGGCGGGUCUGCUGAUGGACGUGAGUCUGACCGAGCAAACCCCGGAGACUUUGUCGAAGGUGUUGGACGCGAAAGCUUUUGUCGGGCUGGAACUUGCAUCGGGGCUCUUCAGCAUUUCCGCGAGCAUGGACUGCCGGCGGUUGGCGACGAGGAAGAGAGGUUGA